CAAACACAGAUUUUAAAUACUUUUUUGAAAUCAGGUGUAAAGAUGAAAUUGCCAAUUUCACUUGCAUUUUAUUUUGAAAUGCAACAUCAGAGCUUAAUUUGGUUUGUUUGAAUACCUUGCGAAGCCUAGUGUUCCCUAGAACCGGUCUGGUUGCAGAAUAACAAAAAAAUUAAUUGUUGUGAUUUUUUUUAAAAAAUUCUGAUAUAAAUGUUAAAAUGCAGACUUCAUAUGAAGUUUAUUUUGAAAUACAAUAUCAGAUAUAAAUGAAAGCACUUUGGUUGGAUACCUGUGGUGGCCGAGUGUGCCCAAGAAAUGUUCUGCUUGCGUUAUAACAAAAAUUGAAUUUAGAAAUAUUAUAAUUUUUUGGAUCAGAUGUUAUACUCCUCAUUUAUACAAAUUUAAGAUUAACUUCUAUUUCUACCUCAACUUUAGAAGGUUUCAUGGUGCAAUUCUUAAUACCGUUUGAAUUCUCCCUGGGUGAUCGCAUGGCUGCCUGAAAUCGAAUCGAAACCAACGACAAGCACGGGUUAUUUGUGUAGCUUUUAUUUUGAAGAUUACCGUAAUGUAUUUUAACAAUCGCUGUGGCGGUUGGGCUGACUUUGAAUGUGGAGGUUGGCUUGACCGCUGCUUUAAUUUUCCUCCAGCAGCAAUGUGUGGUUUUUGGUUUAUAGCGCUAAAUCCACUUUUAGCUGUGUUUCCUACUCUGCUUUCUUGAACACACCCCAGUGAGCGAGUAUCCCGAUAUUGUGCGAGGAGAAUAAUGGCUGCACAGGAGCCGUCUCCACCAUCUUCCCUGGAAGGAAACAAACCUGGCUUCCCAAAGAAAAUUUUGGCCAACAACCUCGAGGACAAGCAUUUGUGUAAUUCCUGUCUGAAAAUCCUGCGAAGGCCUUUACAAGCGCAAUGUGGUCAUCGCUUUUGUUCGUUCUGUUUCAACAAAAUCGUGAGUUCUGGACCCGAGAAAUGCAAUGCUUGCAUCAAAGAAGACUUAUUUGAGGAACCCACCUCUAUUCUCAAACAAGGAGGUGCUUUUCCAGACAAUGCAGCCCGGAGAGAAGUGGAAGCCUUAGCAGCCGUUUGCCCCAACGAAGGAUGUAUGUGGACAGGGACUAUUAAAGAUUUUGAGGCUUGCCAUGAAGGCCACUGUGACUUUGCCAUCAUCUUGUGCCCUUCCUGCAAAGAAUUGAUGAGAGCCAAUGAGCAGGAACGUCAUGAUGAGCGAGAAUGUCCCGAGAGGACACUCAACUGCAAAUACUGUAAAGAACCAUUCCUUUUAAAGAACAUCAAGGCUCAUGAUGAAAUUUGCCCGAAGUACCCAUUGAUCUGUGAAGGUUGCGCAAAGAAAAAGAUACCCAGAGAAAAGUAUGUGGACCAUAUUAAGUUCUGCAGUAAAUUUAAAGCGCCAUGCAGAUUUCAUGUUGUUGGCUGCGAUACGUCUGUGGAGAAGGAGAAGAUUCAUGACCAUGAACGUCAAUGUUCGUACGAACACCUCAACCUGCUUCUGCAUUUCAUCAUGGGAAUCAAAGUGAGCCUGGAGAGCCUGCAACCUCAGAGCCUGGAUGUAGCUGGCCACAAGCUGCACGAGCUCCACCAGUCCCUCAGAGACUUAGAAUUCAAGAUGAGCCAGCUAGGUGGAGGCGACGCCGUAGCUUCCACCUCCUUCACGCCGCUGCCCAGCACUUUGGGGGCUGCCCUGGAGCUGCAGCUCCAAAGUGAAAAGACCAAGGUCGUCGAGCUCAGCCGACACUGCCAAGAGCUGGAGCUGAAAGUGAAUACGUUUGAGAACAUCGUUUGCGUCCUCAACCGAGAAAUGGAGCGCUCCGGCGCCGCCAUGGAGGCCUACAACCGGCAACAUAGACUGGACCAGGACAAAAUUGAGAUCCUCAAUAACAAGGUUCGUCAGCUGGAGAGAACUGUGAGCUUGCGGGACUUGUCCAUCGUAGAGAUGGAGGGGAAGAUGAGGGAGAUGUCAGCAGCCACAUAUGAUGGCAUCUUUGUGUGGAAGAUCUCCGAUUUUACAAAGAAGAGGCAGGAUGCUGUGGCUGGCCGAGCUCCUGCGAUGUUCUCUCCUGCCUUUUAUACCAGUAAAUAUGGCUACAAGAUGUGCUUGCGUAUUUACCUAAAUGGAGAUGGGACAGGAAGAGGCACCCAUUUAUCUCUGUUCUUUGUGGUGAUGAGAGGACACAGUGAUGCACUCCUUAAGUGGCCUUUUAAUCAGAAGGUCACCCUAAUGCUGCUUGACCAGAACAACAGGGAGCACAUCAUCGAUGCGUUCCGGCCCGACAUCUCGUCCUCAUCCUUCCAGAGGCCUGUCAGCGACAUGAACAUUGCCAGUGGCUGCCCGCUCUUCUGUCCACUCUCCAAACUGGAAUCUAAAAACUCUUACAUUCGUGAUGAUACCAUCUUUAUCAAGGCCAUCGUAGACCUCACAGGGCUCUAAAUUGAAAUCAGCCAUUUGUAUUACCACUAAGUGACAUUUUUUCUUUCGAGUCUGUUAUUUGGCAAUAUGCAAGAGUUUGUAAACUUAACUGCCAAUGUUUCUCUUUGUGCACCCAUCAAAGACAGUGUUCUAAAAACACCAACACAAAUAAUUUUUGGCUACCAAAACAUAUACUGAGUGGACCAUUAGUACUUCACUGAAUUGGUAUUUUUUAUUCAACCAAUAUAGUUUAGUGGGUUAUUCAAAUAACCGUGGUAAAAUGACAGUGUGCCUGCCUCAUGUAACAUGGUUGAAACUCAUAUGGUUCAUAAGGAAAAAUAAUCCCAAGAUUUAGUUUAUUCCAUUUUAACAUCUAUUUUUCUAAGUUAGGCGGCCCGGUAGUCCAGUGGUUAGCACGUCGGCUUCACAGUGCAGAGGUACCGGGUUCGAUUCCAGCUCCGGCCUCCCUGUGUGGAGUUUGCAUGUUCUCCCUGGGCCUGCGUGGGUUUUCUCCGGGUACUCUGGUUUCCUCCCACAUUCCAAAAAUAUGCAUGGCAGGCUGAUUGAGCACUCUGAAUUGUCCCUAGGUGUGAGUGUGAGCGUGGAUGGUUGUUCGUCUCUGUGUGCCCUGCGAUUGGUUGGCAACCGAUUCAGGGUGUCCCCCGCCUACUGCCCGGAGACAGCUGGGAUAGGCUCCAGCACCCCCCGCGACCCUAGUGAGG